AUGGGGCAGCUGUUUGGUCUGUCUACAAACAGCUCUAUUUCUCGCGAACGCGAUCGUUCUCCGCGCAGAGACAACGGUGCUCGCAGAUACGACGAUCGCUCGCGCAGGGAGAGGGACUGGGGCAACAACUUGUCAGCGCGAAGCUCGACAUAUGGGCGCUCUGCGCGUCUGGAGCCUGGUGUCUACGUCGUUGACAUCAAGAAGGUGUUCGCUACGUACCACGCUAGCUUUACGGAUACGGCGGGCGUGCGCCGGAUGGCGAAGAAUGCUGGCCUAGUCCAGGACCAUCAGUGGUAUGGGGCAGGGAGGGAAGCGGGCCUGCUCAUCGAGUUGUGGAGCCUCUUCGUCUCGGGACCGUCUACGGGCCUUCCGAAGAAAGUGAGGGAUGCGGCUUGGGAGAGGCAGCGAGCGGCACUACUUGGGGGCGGAUCGAGCACCGGCGCGAGCGACGAGCGCCCCGGGGAAGCUCAAGCAGUGGCUAAUGGAGACGAUUCGGACGAUGAUCUCAAUGCUGGUCCAAGUGUAGUCCUCAGUACUCCGGCAGCUGGCGGCGGGGACCCGUACUUGAACGACUAUAGCGACCGCGGCGAUUCAGACGACGACGACGAUUAG